AUGGGUACGCUCGCGUGGUGGCUGACGGGCUGGUGCCUGGCGCGCGCCGUCGCCGCCGGCAACCCGGACGCCAAGCGCCUCUACGACGACCUGCUCUCCAACUACAACAAGCUGGUGCGGCCAGUGGUCAACACCACCGACGUGCUGCGCGUCUGCAUCAAGCUUAAGCUGAGUCAGCUCAUCGAUGUCAAUUUAAAGAACCAGAUAAUGACGACUAAUCUGUGGGUAGAACAGUCGUGGUACGACUACAAGCUACGCUGGGAGCCGCGCGAGUACGGCGGAGUGCACAUGCUGCACGUGCCAUCAGACCACAUCUGGAGACCCGACAUCGUGCUCUACAAUAAGUGA